CGAGCUUUAGAAGUUUUAGCCCCUACUUCAGUUUUUCAAACCGAAAAACAUUUCUAAAAUUCGGGCCAAACAUAGGCAUUUAAACGAAUUCCAAAAGUAUUGACUAUUGAGUGAUUCACUCAUUCAUCAUUCAAAAAGUAAAGUUCAGUGAUUAGUUUGUUAAUAACCUAAAGUUAAGUGAUCGAUCGCAAUGCCACAAAUCUUACCACCGCCUAUCUUAUUUGUCCCUAUCCACUUUUGGACUGAUACAAAUUCCGACUCCUUUCGAAGUUGGAACCCUAAAUCAUUAGAAAAGGUAAGAUCCCUGUUCUGCUUGACGCUUCAAUCAUGGAGGCAACGAAAGGCAAACAAGCUAGCGGGCUGCUCGAUCAAAUCCUACCCCCGCGACUGGAGGACGCCGGGCUAGAAGACUGCGCACUUCCUCCCGAUUCGAUCAAGGAAGCAUUUCUGAAAGCCGCCUCUGCGGUCAAGUCACGCGCCACCUCCAUCUUCACGGACGAAACCGACGACGGUGGCGAUUGCGUCCAGGACCCUUGGCCGGAGGCAAAGGAUGUUUCCGAUGCCAUUGUCGGAGCGCCUCCCGUCGCCGGUGCUGCGGAUGUGCUGGUCGGAAUAGACGAGGGCUUGGAUGAGCAGGGGAGCUGCGUGGCCGACAAGGGCGGUGGUUUGGUGGAGGAUGGUCGGGAUGAAGUGGUGGUCGGCGGUGGCGAGAUUGAGGAGAAGGAAAGAGGGAAAGGGUGUGUGGACGGUGGUGGGCUCAACAAGGAGAAGAAGGAUCAGAACGGUGAUGACGACGAGGAAGGAGGAGAAGGUGAGAGACCAAUUUUGACGGAAGGGGUUGUGUGAGUCUGUCUUCCUCCUGCUCUAAAGUUUCCCCCUUUACCUGUUGUCCCUCUGGUAAAGUAAUUUCGCAGUUUGUUGUAUGUUGUUCGUGUGCUCUUCUUAGUGCUAGAUAGAUAGAGGUAAAUAUAGCUACUGCUCUGUUUCAGUUUUUUUUUUUUUUUUUGCUGCUUUUCGUUUUCUGUUGUAGUUGAGGUUUCGUGGAACUUGAAUGUUUGUGCGGCUGUUAUGCCGACGGGAGUGGUGAUGUUAAUCUAUAUCUGUUAGAGAUGGAUUCUCUUUGAUGAGAAUCUGUUUAAGGAGUGACUAGAUGGUUUGGUUAAGUGUUGGCAAUGGAGACAAAACGAUGCCAUGAAAUCCAAACUGCUAGUCCUCAUGUAUCCAAAUGCUGCUUUGAGUUGAAAGGUUGCAUUGGUCGACGUUGAUGCUCCGAUCGCAGGAUAAGCCUGUUCCUCUUUGGGAACUCGAGGCCUCCAAGGACUCUGUAGAUAGAAUGUUGGAAUCGCUCUCCUCGAUCCAGAAGAAGUCUGCUUUACCCGUCGUAGGGAAGAAAAGAGCGAUGAGGUCAAUGCACAAGCAAUUGAGGAACUCGUAAACGAACAAGUCGCAUCUAUCUUUCUGGAAUCGAGCUUCUCAUUCAUUGUCCCACGUCGUAGAAUUUCACAUCCGUAGUGAAUGAAGAAGGAAUCUAGAC